UGUGUGUGUGGCUUACCCCCCCCACUGUGCAACACUACCAGAGGGAUUUUUUUUUACGACAGCAUGUUUUCAGCUGCCAUCAAAGGAAAUUCCACUUCAACAGGUUGUCUUCCCAACCAAAACACCUCUGAGAGUCUGGGAACUACAGAGCUGGCUGCAAACCUGUUGAUUGGAGAGGAUCCGGCCGCCGGCGCAAAGGCUGCCCAGGUGUGUGGAUCGCCGCCGGGCAGAGGGACCAUGAUCAGACACCUGGAGAGGAGGGAGCAGUUAAAGAGAUUGUCUCUUGACAGCAGCCUGCCGGAGUACAUGGACGCCAACAAAUGCAUCGACGAGCUCCUCAAACAGCUCGACGAGGAGCGGCGAAACGUCCGAAGGGAAAAGCUGGCCGUGGCUCGCCUGCAGAGGGAAGUCGCACGGAGCAAGAGCGAAGGAACAAUGCGAGAAAAGCUGAUCCACGAGCUAGAGGAAGAGCGACGCCUGCGACUGGAGGGCGAGAAGCGUCUCCGGGAAGUGACGGAGGAGUCCGAGCUGGGACGGGCGCAGAUGGUUUCAAUGCAGCAGCAAUUCUCCAGGAUGGAAGAGACGGUGCGGUCGCUGCUGCAGAAUCAGGGCGUCGUGGAGCAGACUGCUGUGGACACGGUGGACAUCAUGAAGGCCUACAAGGAUAAACUCUCUGAGGAAGUGCGGAAGCAGUUCGAUGGCCCCGAAGAAAACGGCUCCCCGCCGUCGACUCAAACGGAGCUGCCGCCGAGCGCCGAUCCCGAUGCCAGCCAAGCAGAAGAGGACAAAGACAAAACCAAACCCCUUCUGGAUCGCCUCAAAGCACUGGAGGAGAAGAACUCAUCGUUGGCCUCGGAGAACACGAGCCAGAGGGAGCAGUACGAGCGCUGUCUAGAUGAGGUUGCCAAUCAAGUUGUGCAGGCGCUUCUCACCCAGAAGGAUCUGAGAGAGGAGUGUCUGAAGCUGCGGACUCGAGUUUUUGACCUGGAGCAGCAGAAUCGUGCGCUGGGUAUGCUGUUCCAGCAGCGGAUCAAGCCGGCCUCGGACCUGCUCCUCCAGAAACUCCACUCUCGGAUCAUGGAUCUAUCUGCGGCAGAUUUGCUUCUUGAGCCGGAGAGAAGCAAGGCCUUCUUGCUUUCCAGAAACACCGACUCUCCCUCCAACGAGGUUCAGUUGAAUGGAAAGGCAGGUCUCCCCGUGGCCAAGUGUCUGAGCCAGCUGAGUCUGACGGUGCCAGCGCCGGUAUACCCACGCAGCAGCUGUAGCAGCAGUGAGUUGUCCCUGUCAAGUGCGUGCAGCGAAUUCUCCAGCGGCUCUUACACCUGGAAUGAUGGACGAUCCUGUGGGAAAAUGUCCUCUCUGACCUGGGAGAAGAGGCUGAGUUUGGGUUCGUCGGCCCCGAGUAACAUCUGCGCCCCCCUGGAGGAGGAGCAGCCCACGAGGCGCAAGGAGAGCAACAUACUGGAGGGACUGAGGAAGCUCCAGAGGAGGAAACACAGGAGCUCUUCUGCUUCAGCCAAGGUCUCCAAGUCAGGCGACAAAGACUGCAUGAACUCCAACGAGGGCAUCUACUCCCUGGGGAUCAAGAGUGGCAGUAAAGGGGUGUCCAAGCCUACCCAUGUGGGUAGACCUGCAGCUGCUGGGGGCAAGAAGUUUGCUUAUGAUUCUGACGAUGCUGAUGAUGAAUUGGCACAUUCAAGUCGAGGAGAUAACAUCCCCACCAAGGACAGCUGGUUUUACUGUAAGAGGCUCUCUCGCAGCAUUUCGGACAGUUUGUGUAGCUGGGAGGGGAUACAGGACAGUGGAGAUGGAGGUGGAGGCGGAGGUGACGGUAGCUCAGGUCUCGUGGCUACAAAACACCCGCUUGACUGUGACUCAAAAGAGCGUCCUGAGAAACUCAUGAGUUUCAUUAACAGUUUUCUCCCUGAGGGAGGGCGGAAAUCAGCUUUUACUAAACCAUCCUUGCUGCACUUCAACCCCUCUGAGGGUCCCAAUCACCUCUCUGACGUGGACGAUCCAGAGGAACUCAACUCUGAGUCAAGCGACGUCCGAAUGUCCUUUAGCCAGCCACCAGAGCAAGCAGAGCGGGACUCCAAGAGGUUGUCAAGAGAUGCCGCCAAGCUGCUCGCACAACAGUGCUUGCGACGAGAGCAGGGACGCACCCAGUCUGCAGAUGGGAGGCCCAGGCCUUUCAGCCUAAUUAAGGAGCCAAAAGCAGCAACAUGUAGUCAGUCUGAGGAGAGCAUAUUGGCAAUAUUUGAUGCAGAAGGAGAGCCAAUUGAACUUUGUGCUCAGAAGCUCACAGCAUGUGCUCGAAAUGACAUUCAAAGUAGCAAGGUAGUUGCUGAUUACGCAGAACUAGUGCCCCGAGAGAGGCCAACGAGGCAGAAAUCAGCAAGAAACUACACUGUUCUUGAAUCUCCAGAGAAGCCAUCUGAAUAUCAAAUUAGGUCUAGCAAAACAAGCAAUAGCAGGGAGGGAAGUGCGGAGAGGCUGUCAAUGCAGCUGACUCCACAAAGGAAACUAAUCAAACCACCAAGCAGCCGACCCAAUAAAGGCCUUUCCAUCCCUCCCAUGAACGAUUCUGCUGCUCCCAAGUCCGGUGGUUCAAAGAUACCCGGUCGUAACAAACCUUUAGGAUCCCCUCUGAGAUUGUCUAAGGGCUCUUCCACUGAACCAACUAACAGUGGAAACUCAGGACCCUCUGGUCAGGAGAAAUCCCCCUCCUCUGCUGCAGUUAAAAUGUCCAGGUUCAUCAAGACGCCAGGAACCUGCUCGCAGAGCCCAAAGGCAGUAAACUCCAAGCUCCCCAGCAGGGCCGAAUGGAGCAAGGGCUCCUCUUCCAGCUCCCCACACCUCCCAAGGAGGCACCUGGAGUAUGCUGACAAUGGUGAACAGCCUACCAGAGACAAACACUGUGAAACCAGCAAAAAUAAACUCAGGUCCCCGUCUCCUCCCCCUCCCCCAGGCCGCACCACCUCCUUACUGAUCAGACCAAAUUACGAAGGGUCGCCUCAAGCACAUAAAACAUGGGUGGCUCAAACAUCCACACCAACCACUGUGAGGGGCCCUCCCCCGAGUUACCACACCUCACUUUUACCAAAUAUGCAAAGUACGCUACCCAUCAAGGAUAAAGACUGUUUAGACUUGGAUGCAGGCUACGGGACUGCACUUGCACCUCAGAAACUGGUUGAGAAAACCAGUCAGCACCUUCAAAAGUCCCCCGCCAUGACUCAGACACCUACUAAAGGCACUUCCAAGAGGAUGACCACGAAAGACUACCUCCCUUCUGCAAACUCAGGGUGUGCUCCAGAAACUGAAAAUGCACCUAAAAGCUCAAAGAAUGUCCCUCCGCCCUACAGUGCCCUCAGAGGGUCCUCGCUUCAGAACUCAUUUGCAAAUAAAAGAGGAUCAACCCAUGAAAUUGUCCAUCAGACAGCGCAGAAGACUUCUAUUAGUUUACCUAUAUCGCUUCCGGACACCCCUCAAGGUAAAACAGAAAACAGUAAAGCUGUUGUCAGCCCACCCAGCUCAGUGAUGAUUUCCCCCAACGCUGCAGAAAAAGCCUCAAAGACUCGCAUCCCAAUGGGGUUUAAAGCGUUUUUAAAAUCUCCUCCCAGCCAUAAAAAUACUCCCUCUAUACCAGGCAAGCAAGAGAAAGAUCAUAUCAACUCAGUCUCCAAGGAGACUGUGACUUCAAAUGCGUCUACCCAGUGUGACAGCUUGCAGCAAGAGUACAGUAUUGAUCCACCGCCCAAGAGGUCCGUAACAGAGGGGAAAGGUGAGGCCCAGUGUAGGUUACUGGAAGAAGCUGUGUUGCCAGAGGAGGGGGAGGUUUGCGAUAAAGGGAAAAGGAGUAGUCAACUUUUUUCUAGAUCCAUAUCUGUUACAACAAAACCUCAUCUAAAGCCGGCCUUGGGGAUGAAUGGCGCCAAAGCCCGUAGCCAGAGUUUCAGCACCAACUACAUUGAGAAACCCAACAUCAAUGUUCUUGAAGGACCGGGAAAGAUCAGAACUCAGAUCAUCACUAACUCAGGUGGGAACUCGUUGUCAAGGCAGAGUUCCUUGGAGGUACCAAGUGCUGGGUUGGUGGAGAGUCCUGUCCAUUCCCCCAGGACGAGGCUGAGCCACUACGGAGGCAUGACGGUGUCAAAUAGUCACAACAUCAUCCCUGAGAGAACUUCUAAAUCAGGCUCCAAAGGUGACGGGUCGCAGGGCACAGCGAAGGGGGACGCAAUCACCUCGCCUUCUCAAAAAGAGGCGCGUAGCUUACCCAUCAGCGAUAGAAUUGGUUUGAACAACAUCCGUAAGCCAGCAAAAGUCGCCUCUCAUCCACAGUUUCAUCCUCCCUCCUCUUAUAGCUCAGAAAACCCAGUGCGAGAGGCAGGAGGCAUGGCAACCACCGCUAACGAGCCAGACUUUAGCAGGGAAGCGAAAACCCAGACAGACUCUCUAGAUACAGAGGAGAAAAAAAUCAGCCCAACAGCCUGCACUAUUGAAGAGAAAGUCAUGAUGGGAAUCGAGGAGAAUUUGCACAAAUGUCAAGAACAGGAGAAGGUCGCUGCCAGCGAGACCAAACAGAAAACGGGCCCCUCUCUGGCAAACUGGUUCGGCCUCCGUAAAAGCAAACUCCCAGCUCUGAGUGGCAAGAAAGCAGACUCCCCCAAGGGAAAAGAUGAGAAGAAAGAGUCCAAGAUCGGAUCAGUGCUCGCAGGCAAACAGAUGAAGUCUGACAAGAAGAAGGAUAAGAAGAAAAAUGAUAACCAACAGAGAGACAGUCAGGAGGUGCAGAAUCAAUCGGAGAUGAACAACAAGCUGAGCUCCAUCAUGGACCACUGCAACAACCAGAUGGGCCAGAUCGCCAGUCAGAUCCAGUGCACGACAGCCUUUAUAGGCAAAGACCAGUUUGUGAAAGAGCUUCUUGGCAGGACUUCUGUGAAGGGCAACUGUGUGGCUGCGUCGCCGCCUGGGAUCUCCACGCCCAAGAAACACGGCGAAAUGAGGGGCGAUAUGGAGAUCUGUCCAGAUACUGCUACUCUUAUAAUGACUCAGAAGAUCAACCUGAGGGCUGAAAACGAGGACGGACGCAUCCCAGACACGGCUUGUCAAGACCACAUGAUAGGCUCCGGCUGUCAGAUGAGAACCCUGGACAGCGGGAUCGGCACCUUCCCUCUCCCCGAUUCCGUCACCCGGGCCAGCGGUCGCCACAUCCCCAAAUCUGAAUCCAGCCCCGAUGGGUUGACCGCCAGCUCCUCUGACCCCGAUCGGGAGCCUCCCUCUUCUCACCCAGACCCCUCACAACCUGAUGUGAAAGUGCCUUCCCUCCCCAAAACCCGCCCGCAUGCCCCAACCAGCAUGGGUCACUCCCAGUCCGACCCCAGUGUGACCGGCAGCAGCAACGACACCCAGAGCCGCCUGCCCAAAUUCGCAACUUCAGAUGCAAUCAGGACAAAGAGGUUGAGUCUUUGUGCUCCACGCAGCAACGUCUCCACAGAGGACAAAGAGAAGGAAGCAGAGAGGAAGAAGAAGGACCAGGACCACGACAUGCCCGGUGAAAGAGCUCUGCAAGUGUGCACGUACUCGGGGAGCAGCAGCGACACCGAGACCGAACCCGAGGGAACCGGAAGCUCGCCACAAAGGACCCUGAUCUACAGAUCCAAGAAGAGUGACUCAGUGGACCAGAACGAGGAGACCCUGAAGAGAAGCAGCAUGGAGAAAUCCCUGUCAAUCAUGGACUUCUACCAACACGACAUGUACUCGCAUCUGGAGAAGGACAGCCGGAGGAUUUCCCAGUACAACUUGUUGCACAAGGAGUCGUCCCUGGAUGGCAAAGCAGGAGACAGACUCAGCAAGGAGAUUCCCAUGGAGAAAACGCCCGUAAAUGCCCAGCCAGGCUCUCUCGACUGCUCCUUCGAGUCCCUGAACAAGCUGAAUCACAGCAGCUCCAGCAGCGGCAGCUUGUAUCCGGACACGAGCUUAGGCAGCCGCAACGCCGACGCCGGGAAGAGCGGCGGGGAGGACUGCUGCAAGGCGGACGAGCCCUCCUCCUCCAGCUUCUCCAGCAAGCCCGGGGCAGAUCCCGUGGGCUCCCUCAGCGACUCGCUGUACGACAGCUUCUCCUCCUGCACCAGUCAGGGCUCCAAUGAGGUGUAGGGGCGGCGAGGGAGAAGACAGGGCUGUAGUGCUAGAGUCUGGUUGACAUCUUGGACGUGUCAAGUUCUAGGAAACUUUUUUGAAAUCUCUUCUUCUGAGUGGAUUCAUCUCUGUUAAACCUAAGCAUUCGUAGUUCUGGCUUUGGUCUAGACCCUCUUUAGAUCUGGUCUUGAAGCUUCACCUAAUGACUCUGAGUGACGCGGUCUUGACUACAGCCCUGUCCUCUCUACAUACAACACGAAGCACUUAGCGGAGCCGGAGACACGAGGACGAAACCUCAACCCAAAACACCAAACCAGGACUUUUAAUAGUUUGACUCUGGGUGCGGUGGACUGGACAGCAAUACAUGACGUUGUCUCAUUGCAAUUUUUUUCUCUCCCCAUGCUGGGGAACUUCUUAUCAUUGCACUGUAACAAAGACUCAACACAGUCUCUCACAGUUCAUGAAAUAGUCAUACAAUUGAAUCCAUUUGAUUCGUGUACAUAGA